GAGUUUUGCACACAGCGACGGCCUGGUUGGACAUAGGUGACGUGACUGCACAUCGAGAGAUAUCAAUGCAAAUUGCGGAUCAAGAAUACUUAUUUGCCAUCGAAAUCCAGUGGUGCUGGCAUGAUAAAAUAAGGGAAGCGAACAGGGAGAUGAGCCACAAUAUAACAGGCAUGCCACCCUUCACGAGGAUGCCAUUGGGGGGUAUGGGAAUGGGUGUGAGCAUGGGCCCCAAUGCUCCGCAUCCUGACUCUGCUGCUCAUCCCCAUCCGCCGCCACCGCCACCGGCAGGUGCUAAUCCUAAGAAGAAAAGACGUACAAAUACGAGCGUCGCCCAACCACCCCCACAACAACCUCCGACUGUACAGGAUCUACUGCCCCCACCUCUAACGGGUUAUGGUGACACGAUCGUAGCGAGUAAUCCCUUCGACGAUACACCACCGCAAACCACGCAAAGCCCAAUGAUGCACGGCGGGCCUCCACAUAUGCAUCCUCACCAUCCUCAUCAUAUGAGCGGACCUCCUAUGCGAGGCAUAAGUCCUUUAACUUCGAUAGGUGGCAUAAGUCCUAUGAUGCCGCAUAACAUGGGCAACAUGAGCCCUAUGAGCAGCUCUCCUAUGGCGAAUCAUAUGAAUCACAUGGGAGCCAUGUCUCCCAUGAACCACACUCCCAUUGGCGGCAUGAGUCCUAUGAAUAAUAUGGGACCGAACAUGCCGCCCGGACCGAUGAACACCAUGAACAAUCACAUGAAUAUGAGCCAUAUGGGAAGUUCGCAACUGAGCGGCCCGCCAAUGGGCAGUCCGAUGAAUAAUAUGAAUAGUGCGCCCAUGGGUAGUCCGAUGAACAACAUGGGUCAUAAUAUGGGGAGUCCUAUGGGUGGACCUCUUGGUUCCCCGAUGAACACUAUGGGAGGCUCCAAUCAUAUGCCUAAUGGACCAAUGAAUAUGAACAACAUGAAUAGCCAUAUACCGCCCAAUAGUCCGUUGAACGGACCAUCGUUAAAUAAUGUAAACAGUCCGUUAGGACACAAUGGAUCUCAGCCUCAUCCGAAUCACAUGGGAAAUAAUCUUAACAAUUUAGGGAGACCCAUGAAUGGACCUAUGACCACUAUGAGUUCGAUGGCGUCGAGCAAUAUGAAUAUGACUGGUCCAAAUCAGAUUAACAAUAUGAAUAUGGGUGGGGCGGGGAUUAACAAUAUGUCGAAUAUGAAUAUGAGUCAUCAUAAUCAAAUGAGCCACAUGGGAAUGCCAAUCGGCACAUUGCCGAAUAAUAUGGGUGCUGGACCACCAAUGGGGCAUCCCAUUAAUAUGGGUGGAUCUAUGCCUCCACACGGAUUUCAAGGCCCACCUGGAAUGGGUCCAAAACCAAUGCCAGUUUCCGCGGGCAAGAUAUAUCCUCCGGAUCAACCCAUGGUAUUCAACCCACAAAACCCCAAUGCGCCACCAAUUUAUCCUUGCGGGGUUUGUCAUAAAGAAGUGCACGACAAUGACCAGGCAAUUCUGUGCGAAUCAGGUUGUAAUUUUUGGUUUCACAGGAUUUGCACAGGAUUGUCCGAAUACGCCUAUCAAUUAUUAACGCAACAAGUUUACGCGGAGUGGGUGUGUGAUAAGUGUUUGCAGUCGAAAAACGUACCCCCAGUUAAGUUUAAACCAUAACACUUCUUAUCCCGUCGUUCAUGCGACGUCCCAGUGACUCUUUGUUAGCGUUACGUAUGUAUGCGCACAUAUGUGCGUGCGACUGUGCACAUACACGUACACAUACACAAACACGUACACAUACACAUCCGUAGCACAUGGUAAAUAUUAGUGCACGUAUGAAGUCGUGCAUACAAUAAAAAAAAAACACAAUGUUUGUUAACAACUUAGCUUUAACUUGUUGAGAUAUUAGAAUAUCAUUGUGAGCCGUAACGAUAAAUAUGAAGGCGGAAACAACACGGUUAACGGUUACUUUACAUUUUGAGUCUAUUCAUGACAAGUGGAUUCGUAAACAAAAUCAAUCGAUAAUUUAAAGUUGAAUUUCGGCAGAUAUAAAAAUGAUAAUACUGGCUAGACGUUUUGUUUUUUUUUUUUAUGACUAAGGCGAUAUGAAAUAUUCCGAAAGAAUGUUUAGCCAGGAACAUUUAUGCAAAACAGAAAUAGACAUGGGAGUGUUAAAUAUAAAAUAUGUAAGGUUCGAAGGACCUAGUAUUCUUAUGACUAAAUGCAUUUAAUUCAAAAUUAACGGUACCUACAAGCGUUAAGUUCACUUAAGACGAUCUAUAAUUUGCAAUAGAAUAUGGGACAGAAUUCUAUUUUUUUAAUUUUUAAUAUCGUAUAUAUAUAAAAAAAUAGAGUAAGCGUAUUUGUAGAUUUAUAUAUAUAUACACACACACACAUAUAUAUAUAUGUACAUAUAUAUACAUCCAUGAAUACAAUUUUGAUUCUUCCAACACUCUCAUAAAUGGAAUCCUGCCCCGAGUUCUAUCUAGAUCGUCUUAAAGUGAGCUUUAGGAGUUAAAUGUGAAGCAGACAUAUUAUUGGAGACGAGCGUGAACAAUCGUAUCGUCUCUUACUUUGUUUUAUCCUAUAUAUAAACGUUCCUGAUAAACAUCUUGAUAAAUGUUAUUAUCUCCUCCAUAAUUGGUAUUCAAAAGUGGCGAAUUUUGAAGUUAAUAAUGUCACAAUUUUACAAACAAAAAUUUGACUUUAAUACCAUUUGUUAUUUUGAGUCGCUAGGAUUGUCGCUCAAGAAUCUUGCAAAUUCUUUCAAUUUUUGCAUCAAUCUAACAAUUUCACGAAGAUGUAAAUGCUGUUUGAAGUUAACUAUCACACAUCAGCUUUGUCAUAAAUAAUCAUAUUAUUUAUAAAAUAACGGGGAGAACAUGAAUGUGUUUGAGUAUAUAUGUAUAUACAACUACGUAUAUACCACUGGGCAUAUAAAUUAAAUCAUCUUCGGUUUAUUACGAAUAAUGAAUGUAUCGCCUUUUACAUACAGAUAUAUUUAUUGUGAUAAAAAUUUUAUUAAUUAAUCACCGGUAACAGCUUGUUACAAUACAAGUCCUAUUUUUAUUGUUGAAUGUACAUGUUUUAUUAAAUUUAAUUCUGUGAGUCUGUGACUCACAAUCGCGUGGUUGAAUGGACCAGUUCCAUUCAAGAGCCAGAAUUACACGAAUUCAAAUACAAUAUUGGUAUUCACAGGCGAUAUACUAGAAAUGCUGCAAUUCUUGUAUUUUUAUAAAUUAUAUUUUAGUAUAAACCAUGGUGAAAUUAUAGUUUUUUUUUUGUUUAUCUUCUUAGUGCUGUGACUUUUUAAUCUGGAAUAAAAUUAAUAUUUAUUUGGUUUGCAAGAAGUAACAUCUGGCAUUUUCCGACAUAUUACGUCAAAAAUAAGAAAAUAUGGUAAAUAUAAUGUGGCAAUAAAUCAUUUUCUUUUCAUACGUAUAAAUUAUACGAAUUGAUUUACGUAUAUUUUUGAAAAGAUCUUGCGAGGAAUAUCGACAAUGCCGAUGAAGUUAGGAGAAAGUCAGAUAUUCUGCAAAGACGACAGACAGAUUCAAUAGCGAAAUAAUAUUUACAUGCCAAUAAAAAAUAUUCGUUAUUGUCUCAUCUGCUCUAUAUUUCUGCAGUAUCAAAUUUCUUGUUUCUCAUAUAAUACUCAUUCUCAUUGUCGAAUAUUCCAAUUACUAAUUUAAUUAACUAUAAACAAUCUAAAGUAAUACUUUUUAUUUUUUUAUUUAGCUAUAAUUUUGCUAACAAUUUAUUAUUGCCAUGGUUUAAACUCCUGGUUUGACUGCGGUUAAAUUAGGAUGUAAGCUAUGUAUCUCUAAAGUUAUGUAAAAAGUUUCAACAUUUACAAAAAAGAUACGUUUAAUUUAUGAAGUAAUCUUUAAUGAGAUUACUUGCGCGCGCGCACACAUUGCAGGAAUUUGUUUGUCUGAUAUAAACGCGCACGUUUUUUUACUAUGACGACUUUAGGCGAUAAUAGAAAACUCGAUAGGAUAUAGAAUCAGCGUAAGCCUCUUACAUCUAGGCAAGUCUAAAAUGCAAAAUAAGCAAGCGCUGGAAAACUUCGGAUUUUGUAUGAUUGGAAUUGUAAUAUUUACAAAACCGUGCCGCAAAUUACAUAUCUUGUGCGAAUA